UGCAGGUGUGUGAUCGUUUGUUUACAGCCACAAAUCUCAAGCAAAGCAUUUUCUCAAUUACUUUACCACCUUAUCGCCUUUCAGUAUUCAUUAAGCUUCCCAACGAAAAUGAAAACAUUAGUAAAUGUGCUACUCGUCACACUAAGCAUCGGUUCCGCCGCUGCCAUCCGGUGCUACCAGUGUUCUUCUCAAACCGAUCCGAAAGGUGUCGACAACUGUGGCGCGUACAAGGCGUUCAACAAGACGCAAAACAUUGCGAUCGAGUGCAACAGCGAUGAGUCGCACAUGCCCGGCUCGUUCUGCAUGAAGGUGGUCCACCAGAGCCCGCGAGGAUUCAUCUGGGAUGGCCGAUGGCGUCAGGUCAUCCGGCAGUGUGCGUCCGUCUCGGAGACGGGUGUUACCGGAGUGUGCAACUGGGGUGUGUACGAGAACGGUGUGUACUGGGAGGAGUGCUACUGCGUGGAGGACGAGUGUAACGGAGCACCGGGUUUGAAAGCCAGCUCCUUUACCGCCCUGUGCCUUGCCGUGUUGCUGUUCGUGGCUAAAAUUGUAUCGUAGGCGCUUAUUGCCCCUGUGGGUACACUGCGUUCCCUUCAUUCCAUCCAUGUCUCCGUGGUGAGCUUGCUGCAGCUAAGGAACUGUUUCCGUCCAUAUGAGAAUAUCAUGCAUAACAUUCCGCCUGUAGAUUGUGAAUUGUAAGUUUUAACGUUAACUGACGAUUUUUUAUACACAAAAACGAUCAAUAAAAGGUACAAUUGUAGUAAAUAA